GUUACCUCGCGACCAAAACAUUGUAACAUAGCAACCGAUGAACUCAACAACAAAAUUUAUUCGGAAUCGGUCAAACAGAGAGUUUUUAGUGUGUGCUCCUUCCAAUUUGCCAGUCAUAUACAGAUGCGAUUGCAAUUGGGUGCGUGGUUUACGGAACACACCACACUCGAAUUGUACAUUGCAAGAAGUAAACAGUAGUGUGCAGUUGACGCGAACAAGUGCAAUAAUUUUCAGUGUAUUUAUUUUGUUUUAUUCUUCAGUUUUGCUUGUUGUUGUUUCUUUUUGUAAUCGUAUCAUCGUUUUAUGUAUAAAUUCAAUAGAUUUUUCCUGAAAAAAAACAAAGAACGAGCUAAUGAGCGAAUUGAAAAAAAAAAAAAAACCAAGCGGAUGUGUGUAUGUGUUUCCAGUGCAUUUAUUAAAAGUGAAUAAAUCUAAAUUCAACAUAAUUAUGUGGAAUGCUUAAUAGAUGAACGAAUCACUGUAGUUUACAAAUUAUCGUUAAUUUGCUGCAUAAUAAUUUUACCCUUAAUUGAAUUCGAUAUAUUCGGUUGUAAUUGCUAUUGGCGCAGCAGUGCAAUAUAAAAUCGGAAAAUAAAAACAAACAGACAGAAAGAGAAAAAAAUUCCCUAAUAGAUAGCAGUGUUUAAUGGGUUUUGUACGUAGUUUUGAGUGCAGUAUGUCCAUUUGGCUUCCCCAACACCACCAAAACCAAUACCACAAUUGAUAAAAUAUCGAAAGCGAACAGAGUGAUAGAGAAUGUGUGAGAGAAAAAUGCGAGUCGAUGAAAUGCAUUGAAAUGAGCAUUACGAUGAUAUGAUGCGAUUGCUUUGAUAUGCUGCGGUGUACCAUAUUCUCUCUCUCUCUCUCUCUCUCUCUUUCUCCUCCAGUUGCGAAUAUUAAUGUUAUGUGCAUGAUGAUUACCGAGUAGUACGAGUAGUGGGUAGAAAAAACGGUUUGAAAUCGGUAACCAAGUGUAAUGAAUGUGAAUGACAUUGAUUGUAAAGGAUUGGAAAAAAUUAUUGGUCGGUUUCAAUAUGUUCAUCUUGUUAUUUGACAUCGAUGCUUCGAUUAGUUAUCGAUGUCACCAGUAUUGUUCAACAUUGUUAUGGAUUUGUGUGUUGCUCAUCAAUUGUUGCGGUACAACGGAAACGACAACGUCAAAAAUUGAUGUAGCUGCAAGCGAUGCAUCACCAACUAGUCCAGUCCUAUCGCCCACACCAGUGAAGCAACCGAAGCCAUCAUCCGUUAUCUAUAUUCCAUCAUUGGAUGACGUAAACACGGUUAGUAGUUUGCAUUCAUCGGAGCAUGACAUACGUUUUGAAGAUUUUUUUUGGAAUGGUUCAGGAGACGAACCAUUAACGCUAUCACUGAAAUCGAAUGCGCGCUUGACGGCGGUUAACGGGUUUGUUGGUCGCGAAACAUUUAUCAAAACAGCGACGGUGAUUGCCACUGUUUACAUAGAUGAUUCGAGUGAAGAUGAAAAAGAUCCAAAUUGUAAAUCGGAUGGUUGCGAUACGGAUUCAAAUGAGAUACCCGACGAAUAUUUGCCGGUGAAUAAACGUUUUUGGCUCGUCACAUCGGUGCUGGGCCACUUGAACGAUGAAGAUAUUCCAUUAUUACAGGAGCGACUCGCCGAUAUUUAUCGCAUUGCAUUCACCAGACAACAAUCGUUGCAUUUGGGCUUAUCCAAUGCCACCGUCAUCGAUAGCACUGUCGAACCACUGCCCGGCGCUUCACUUGCCAAUGAAACAACGCCAAUCAUAGAAAAUAAACAAAGUACAAAUUCGUCAAUGCCAAUUAAUCCGACAUCGGUUCUGAAAUAUGAAUAUGGUGUCGCCGAACCAUCUGCAUUUCAUAUCCAAUCGAAUGUAUCGAUAACUGAUGCCACAAUGUCAAUGGAAACCAACUUGUUAUUAACCGAAAGUGGUAAUGCAACGAGCACAUUGAAUGUGGUGGCCACGACUAGCUCAAAUCAUAUAGAUAAGCAUCAUCGACGCAAACGAUCUGUGUCUUCCAUUACACCGUCACCCGUCCACGUAUCCACCACAUCAACGCAUAUUGUUCUUCAUCCCGCCAAUGCGAAAUUACAAUCAAUGAAUAUUAGCGAUAUCAGCAAUAAUUCCAAAUCGAAUGGUUUAAAACAAGCGUCCGCAAACGGUAGAACAAACAUGACAACCAAACCGUCGAAAGGUGCAAAGAAAAAUCGAAACGAUGCAAUCAUUGGUCACAUUAGCGUACUAAUACACAACAUAUCUGUGAUAAGUAAUGGCGACAAAGAUUAUUCGGAUAAUUCGGACAAAGAAUGGGGUAAUCCAGUACAAGGCAGCAGCAGCAGCAACAGCUCCACUUCUGACCCCUUCAUCAUAGCAGCUGACAAUCAAACUGAAAUUAUCUAUACCGUUUUUGUGAAUGGGAUUCCAGUCUUGGCAACCAUCGCCGCCAAUGAUAUGAAAUUGAUGAGUGAAGUGGAAGUUUCGAAAAUUUUAGAGAAGCCCAUAUUCACCAAGGCCGAACCUUAUUUGAAGGAACCACAGGCAACGCCGCUGAUACCCUCAUCGACGAUGACCACAAAUCCGAACAAGCCAAUUUUAGCGAUGAUAUUCCAAAAUCCAUAUAUUUUAGCCUUCAUCAUCGCUCUGAUGCUGUUGAUUAUUUUGCUACUCAUGAUAUUGAUGCUGGUAACGGGCACAAAAAAUCAGCGCCGAACGACGAGAAAAGGGGUAUCGAAGGCAGCACAAACAGCGCAACAAUCGUUUUUGCCGCCAGUGCCUGUGGCAGUAUCGCCCGUUUCAGUAGCACAAUCGCAGCCCCAAUCGAAUGCCAAUACCACAAUCGGACAUAUGCCGAGCAUCGAUGAAAGCCAUCAAUUUCGCACGAACAUGACGAAUGAAAUUCCCAGCCGACACUCGAACACGGUACGACAAAAAAAGCAAGUUGGUACGCAAAUAACUUCAUUACAUGAUACAGUCAACGGGUUUACAUGCGAACGUGAUCAUAGUUUCAUAAUCAUACCGACACCUCUGAAGCGAAAGCAUCAUCAUAAAAAAGUCGGUACGCCGACCAUUUAUUUUCCGGAGCCACCGUCUUCAGAACCAUCUUCGCCCAGUCACUCGCAAACACAGUCAACGACAUCCACAUCGGACACAUCGUCCAUCUAUUACAUAAAAAAGCAUAAAAACCAUCGACGCCAUCAUUUGUAUUCGAAGCGGCCAAAGCGUGUGGCAUCAUUAAAUCAUCGUGAAUAUGCAACUAUAACGAAGAAGCAAAUUGAGCGAGCGCAAAAAAAGUCCAAACACAAGCGAAAGUACUUGACGGGUGGCAAUGGUAAUCGGGUUGGUGCGUUCGAUGAUACAGUUCAGGUACAUUCAUCACGCAGCUCAUCAGCGACCGGUCAAACUGAACGAUUGGACGAAUGCAAGCCAAAAUUACACCGUAACGAUGCCAAGACAGCGGCAAUAGCAUCAGCUGCCGUUAGCGAUGACACAUUCGAAAUGUCAACGGGUAAAGAUUCAAAUUUAUACGAACACAUAGAAGCAUUCAAUCCGAUGGUUGCAAAAAAGAGCAAAUUUCACAAUCAAUUCAUGUCAACGAAACAAAUGGAUAAUGGUGGAAAAUCGACCAAAAUCUCCAACGAAACCGAGAAGCAUGUACAAAGUAAAUCGCAUCUGAAUGACAAACGGCAAAAUAAAAUAGGUUCCACUGUCAAUCAAGUGCGAAAUGGGAUGAAUGCAUUUGCGGUAAAUUCUGUAAGUGACAGACACAAAGCGAAAAAAGCCGACGACGACCAACGACAUGCCAAAGAAUCGUACAACCAAUCGUCGAACAAUACGUCCGAUGAGAGUCGAGCGCAGCGAAAGGAUCGAUUUUCACAUCAACUGUCCAACGAUGAAGUGCAUAUAACGAACGAUGAUCUGAGCAUCGGUUCAUUUUUAAGCAUGGCAUCGAUUCGUAGCUUUCCCAAGUGCAAUGUACCUGAAGCAUUAAAUCGUGUCCUUGAACCGGUAAGUAACACACAUUUAGAUGAAUAUGAUGAAAUCGAUGCCACUGAAGCGGCCACAAUAGCAUCCAAACUUCCUCGAAUCGUUGAUGCCAAAGCAAAAUGCCCACCAAAAUCGAUGCAUAUUCCAUGUGAACAAACGCCGAAUGAGAAAAUGAGUGAUGAAAUUAUUUAUUUGUCAAGAACUCGUAGCGAUGGCGCUGAUCCGGGUGUUAUUGGACCGAUCGCAUGGCAAUACCAUAAAAAACGACUCGAAGAACAAGAAAAGGCAAAACUUCAUCGGGAUCCAACGUGCACACAACAUCGUUACGAAGAUUUACUAGAAGGUGCGAUUAGUUUGUAUUCGAUUGAAACCACCGAAUACCAUACCAUUGAAACAAUAACAAAAGAAGAAUUUCCCGAAAUUUUAAUAGGAAAGGAUAUGAGAGGUAAAUCGGCCGACAUAUUUCCCAAUUCUCCGUCCGAAUUGAAAUCAUCGCCAAAUCCCUACCGACCAUUCACAGCGAUGUUGGCUUCAAAAAUGGCACCAGAAGAGCCUCUAAUCACGUCAAAAGGAGCCUGGACUGGAUCAACUGUGAUUCGUCCAACCAGUGGCGACAAAGACCAGCCAACUGACGAUCCACCACAACGUAGUCCCAAGAGUUCUUUGCAAAACAAUCCCGAAUGAAAACUCAGUGGAAACCCCACACAAAUCGAAGAAAAAAUCACAUUUAUCCCUGGAAAUUUUCAAGUAACUUUCUAAUGAAUCGUCGCUUUAUGUCAAAAUGUCAUUUCGAAAAGAAAUUAUCGAUUUUAUAUCAAUUGUAUUUGAAAUUUAAGAACCGUUUUGUAGUGCUUGUUUGUAAAAAUAAACGUUGACAUAAAAUUGAAAA